AUGGAAAGUGAUCUUAAACCCCAAAUUUUAAUACGCAGACGUAGGUUUUCCUCGCCACGCCGCAUUCCACGGUACUCGGUAUUUCGUAUUCUCGUUUGUCUGUUUCUUAUUUACGACUCGCUGCAUACCUUCUCUCUCUACUUGCGCCAAACGGCUUCCCUUCACGCUCCCCCUCCCCCACGGAACUCCAAGCGUAUAUACAUCGCGGCUCAGCAUUGGAACUCAGAACGACUGCUGCGAGAACACUGGAAUGCCGCUCUGUUCGCAUUAGUUCAAGAGCUGGGCAUCGAAAACGUCUUUGUCGCAAUAUACGAGAGUGGGAGCUAUGACGACACAAAGGUAGCGUUAAGGGAGCUUGACUCAAGGCUAGAAGAUCUACAUGUCGAUAGAGACAUCACCCUCUCUCCAGUUUCUCAUGCAGAUGAGAUUACAAAGCUGCCUACGGAACAUGGGUGGAUCAACACAACUGACGGCCAGACCGAGUUGCGCCGCAUACCGUUCCUUGCAUCGACUCGCAACCACGUCUUCCGGCCUCUUGAAGCGCUCACAGCGCGAGGUGUACGUUUCGACACCAUACUAUUUCUGAACGAUGUUGUCUUCACACCCGAGGACGUUUUGAAAUUGCUAGACACGAAUGGCGGAGACUUUGCAGCAGCGUGCUCGUUAGACUUUGCUAAACCACCACACUUUUACGAUACAUUUGCGCUCCGAGACGCGCACGGUCACGAGGCGCUCAUGCAGACUUGGCCUUAUUUUCGGUCGUAUCCCUCGAGACACGCUGCUGAGAGGUUUCUACCGGUCCCGGUGGCUUCGUGCUGGAACGGAAUGGUUGCCAUGCCAAUCAAAUCCUUCCUCGGCGACAACCCCCUUCGCUUUCGAGGUAUUCCGGAUUCCCUUGCGUCAGCCCACGUCGAAGGAUCCGAGUGCUGCUUGAUCCACGCCGACAACCCUCUAUCCGCCUCUCGUGGUGUUUUCCUCAAUCCAGACGUCCGAGUCGGCUACAACGGCUCCGCGUACGAAGAAGUCCACAGACCUGAGGCAAUCAUGACGCCCUUGCACAUGUACAUGGCGAUCUGGCACAACAGGAUGUUGAGAAUGUUCACGACGCCUCUCUUCAAAGAGUGGACGGUGCACAGCCGUGUGAAAGCGUGGGCUGAACAAACGGGAGGCCGCGAGAGGGGCGAGUUUUGCCUCAUUAACGAAAUGCAAAUCGUCAUGGAAUGGGGAUGGCGACAUGUGUGA